CUUGUUUCCUUCCAAUUAUUCUCUUUUUCACGCCAAACAAUUCAAGCAAAGAACCACUCAUAAUAAUGCACCUAUACAUUUCCUUACAUGUAUAUAUACAUCUUAUGUAUCUCCCUUAAUCUUAGCUUGUAAUUGUCCAGAAAAGAAUAAAGAGAACUCCUCUUCCCUUCCACUCUCUAGAUCAUUAGGAUUAAUUAAUUACUAAUGGCUUCGGAAGGACCGCGAUCAGCAGCUUUACUGCUCUUGGUUAUCAAUCUAGUACUCUAUUUCAUUAUUAUGCUGAUUUCUUCUUGGGCUGUUAAUCAUGCAAUUGAAAAAACCCACGAGUCAGCUUCUGUACUACAAACUCCUGCAAGAAUCUUCCCAAUCUACUUUCCAAUGGGGAACAUGUCGACUGGAUUCUUCAUCAUUUUCUCUCUUCUUAUCGGUGUUAUUGGCAUCACAACUUCAGUUCUGGGAAUGCUCAAUGUAAUGCAAUGGACAGUUGCUAGUUUGUAUGCUGCUGCUACCUCUUCUCUAGGGACAUUUGCACUCACUAUUCUUGCCAUGGGAUUGGCCUGUAAGGAAAUUGAUAUUGGAUAUACUGGUGCUAACUUGAGGACUUUGGAGGUAAUCAUGAUUAUUGUGAGCGGAACACAAUUGCUAUGUACUGGUGCAAUCAAUGUUGCAGCUGAUAAUGCUGCUGCGGCUACAAGAAGGAUGCUUGGUGGAAGAGUAUAAGUUGUUACAAGUUUGAUCAAUUGUGCUAAUUUUUAAAAUAUUUUCCUUCCAUGUAAGAGUGAAUUAAUUCGAAGAUGGACAUUGUAUAUGAUAACAAGUGUGAUCGACAUUGUGUUUGAUAGUUAUUGUGUUUAUUCUCAAUUGAUAAAUUAGUUCCUCUCAAGUUUAUAUACUUGUAUAUCUUAUAUUACGAUUCUACGUGUAUAAAAAACAAGUGUGGAAACAAAUUUUUUAA